AUGUUACUCAAGUUCUUCUCUUUCACUUAUCUACUGGUGACCAUCGCUAGCGCGGUGAUUAGCCCAGGUUCACUGAAUUCGGAUCUUGCGAUUCUUAUUCAAAAUGACUUACAAGAAAAUGUAAGCCCAUGGGCCGGGUCGGGCAUCUUGCUUCUGGACCCGAUGCCGCUGAAAAGAGCGAUACAAACCUGCCAGAGUCUUGGAGAGAGACUUUGGUCAAUCGAGGCAGGGUUCUCUGAUAUUGAAAAUGAUCUAAAGUAUUUAGUCUAUCAGGGCGAUAAAAAUAAACGUCAGCGAUACUGGAUUGCCUCUAUACACAGCACACCGUCAACAAUAGAUGUUAACGGCAGAGUGAAGAAAACUUCCUCCGAUGAGAACUUACCAGUUCUCUGCACCCAAACUGCCCCCUACUCUACCCCUACCUUUCAAGAUAUCAAUUCGUCUUGGCAGAUUGCCGUUCGCUCGAAUAACGAGUACAUCACUGGAUUUCGCGAUCACUUGAGUUUCCGCUUCCUCGGUAUUCGAUACGCAGGUCCCACGGAAAGAUGGAAGUACUCGCAACUACAUAAAGGAUCAAAUACCAUGGUCUCCGCUUUGAACUACGGCUCUACAUGUCUCGAAUCGGAAGACUGCUUCUUCCUCAACGUUUGGACACCAUAUCUGCCCCGUUCUCAGCACUCUCCAAAGAGGAAACUCAAACCAGUCAUGUUCUGGAUACAUGGUGGUGCUUUCACAAGUGGAUCAGGUAGCGAUACCCUAAUGGAUGGAAGUAACCUUGCAUCAAGAGGGGAUGUUGUGGUGGUGACUAUCAACUACCGACUGGGAACACUGGGGUUUCUGGCUCUGGAUGACGGAGAAACAAACGGCAACUAUGGAAUUGCAGACCAAAUUACCGCUCUAAAUUGGGUUCGCCGUAAUAUUCGAGAUUUUGGAGGCGAUCCUGACCGAAUCACUAUAUUUGGCCAGUCGGCCGGGGCAGGCUCCGUCAGGGCUUUACUCGCAUCUCCUCAAGCCCGGGGCAAGUUUGCCGGCGCGAUUAUGCAAAGUAAUCUUGGAGGGCUGGGGUAUGGGACGACCUAUUCCAAGUACUACACAAUCGCAGAGGAGAUGGAAGUUGUGGGGAAGGACAUAUUGACCCUGACGAACUGCACGGGCGUUAGUUCACCGGUUAAAUGUCUGAGAGCGCUUCCUGCUGCCACAAUUACGGGACUUGAUGCGGUAGCCAGAUAUCUCGUUGUGGAUGGGAAGUAUCUUGAGACUUCGCAAUUAGAUCUGACAUACCCUGAGAAAACGGCAAAUGUGCCUCUCAUGAUCGGAACGACGAGAGAUGACGGAGCUGCCAUGAUUGGAUACCCCACGGCGAAUGAGACCAUCCAGACAUUCUUGAAUGGUUCCGAAAUGCCAUCAAGCGUUCUCAGCAACUCGAAAUUAUUCCCAGUUCCGUCUACUUUGAACAAAACGCUCGACAUCUUCAACACUACGGCCCACAUCGCCACGGACGGCAUCUUCCGCUGCAUUGACCAAGCGACUGGAUAUAGUGGUUUCGAAAAUGGAAUCUUUCCAGAGGUCUUCUUCUAUGAAUUUAAUCGAUCAUACCAGAUGCUAGAUUGGUCCCCCAACGCGCCAGUAUGCGACGCACCUAUCACAUCCGAGUACCCCCACGGCGACCCAAAUCAAGAAUACUUCAAGUGUCAUUCGGGAGAGCUGUACUAUGUCUUUGGCAACCUUUUGAGACAGGGACGUCCCCUACGUGAUGGGUUCGAUCUUCCAUUUGAACAGUAUGUACUGGAUCUUUGGACUAGCUUUGCUCGUACUGGUCGGCCGACUCCGGAUUCGGGAUUUCUUGAGGCGAGAGGAUAUGCCAAUACUACCCGACAGGUUGAGUUGGCGGGGAAUGGAUGCCAUUUGGACAUGGAGAUUAUCGACUGCACCGUCUACAGUGGCCUUCCAAAAUGGUGGAUCUGGAUGAAAGGGAGCAGUGCAAGGCUCUGCAAUUGCCUCUGA